AUGCUCUCCAGGGCUUUGAUACACUCUAAGGACCCUCUGACCCAGUUCGGAUCCAUCGAUACAAGUGAUCAAGACUCCCACAACGCCUGUGGUAUGGGUACACUUAGAGAUCUCCAGUAUGCCUUGCAACUAAAGAUAGAAGAACUCCGUCAGAGGGACACGCUGAUAGAUGAGUUAGAGCUGGAGUUAGAUACAAAGGAUGAACUCAUCCGGAGGCUGCAAGACGAACUGGAUCGCUACAGAACCACUGUGUCGCUCCCAGGGCCGUCAGCAGCCAGUGCAGCCACUUCUGCACAAAAUGAGGACAAGCGGCGACCUAAAAGGCAGACAGUCGUGUCUGAGUCCUUCAGUCCGGGGCCUGCGACUCUCAGCAUGGGCUCACACAGAAGCUGUGACAAAAAGCAGGAAUCUGAAAGGCUAAUCCAGACAGCCUUCUUGAAAAACGACCUGUUGAAACAUCUUAGUGAAGAAGAAAUCAGAGCCGUCACAGCCUGUAUGUAUCGCUCCACCAUCAAUCAAGGCUGCUUUGUCAUUCAGGAGGGCACCGUCGGGGAUCAAGCUUAUGUUCUAGAAGAAGGGAGGUUGGAUGUAACGAAAGCUGGACAGAAGCUGCUCACUGUUGAGCCAGAGGACAUGUUUGGAGAGCCAGCUCUCCUCUACAGCUGCACCCACGCCUGUUCCGUCUCAGCACAAACAGACAGCAGGCUGUGGGUUAUUGACCGCCAGAGCUACCGGGCUGCUCUGAUUCAGUGUGGGCUCAGGCGCCUGGCUCACUCAGUGGAGCUGCUGAGAAGCCUUCCCUUUCUGCAGUCCUUGCCAGAUGAUGUCAUCAUGAAAAUGUCUGAUCACAUGAAAGAGACUAAUUACACAGACGGUGACUGCAUCAUUCGACAGGGGGCCACUGGGGACACCCUCUACAUCAUUACUAAAGGCCAGGUGACUGUGACAGAGCAGAGGCCGGGGCCUGAAGAAAAGGUUGUCCUGACAGAGCUCUUUGAGAGACAGUGGUUUGGAGAAAAAGCUCUCUGGGGGGAAGACAUUCAGGUUCAGACUGGGAAUGUGGUGGCUUCUGGUGAAGUGACAUGUUUGCUCAUAAACCAAGAGACCUUCAAAGAUGUUAUUGAUGGGUUGGCGUGUGACUGCCAACAAGAUGUGCAGAAGUACAACAAAUCGAACGUGGAGUCAGGUGAGGAUCCUGCUCUCCUGGCAUCCUCCACCCUAAGUGAUUUCCAGAUUCUUUGUACUGUAGGAUUUGGGGAGUUUGGUCACGUAGAUUUGGUGCGACUAAGGAGCAACAUCACGCAUUUUUUUGCCAUGAGGGUUCUUAAGAAGAAGCUGAUCGUUAACAGCAGCCAGCAGGAGCACAUCCGGAGAGAGGGCCGCAUCCUAAUGGAUGUCCCAGCCCACUGUCCCUUUAUAGUCAGUCUACAUAAAGCCUUUAGAGAUGCAGAGCAGCUGUACAUUCUGACUGAGGCUUGUCUGGGUGGGGAUUUAUCAGCCCUUCUCAAAGAGAAAGGAUUUAUGGAGGACUGCAGUGCCAGGUUCUACACAGCCUGCGUCGCAGAGGCCUUGGCUUUUCUCCACUCUCAAGGAGUCGUCUAUCGGGAUGUCAAGCCUGAAAAUGUCCUUUUGGAUCAGCGUGGUUAUGCAAAGCUGAUUGGCUCCAGAUGUAUGAAGAAGGUGGAGCGGGGUCAGAGGACGUGGACGUUCUGCGGCACCCUUGGCUACAUGGCACCUGAAAUCCUCUUAAACAAAGGCCACGGCGUAUGUGCAGAUCUCUGGUCACUGGGAGUUUUUGUGUUUGAACUUCUUAGUGGCGGGCUCCCAUUCGACGGCUCUGAUCCUAUAAAGAUUCUCUCUGCCACCAUUCGUGGCAUUGAUCAGAUCCAGUUCCCUGAAACCAUCAGCAAAGAGGCUGUUGGUUUCAUAAGGAGGCUGUGCAGUAACAGCCCCCUUGAGAGACUGGGCAGUCAAGGAAAUAGAGCCAUCCAGGACAUUCAGAAGCACAAAUGGUUUGAAGGAUUCAAUUGGGACGGUCUUUACAAAAGAACAUUAAUCCCCCCGGUUGUGCCAAAAGUUGAGAAUCUCCUGGAAAGCACCACAUGCGCUUUUUAUAGCGAGGACUCGGUGGAGCCGUUCACUAACUGGGAUGAUUUUUGA